AUGUCGGGAAAUCAAUCCUCCCCCGAUACUAUACUCCUGGAGACAUUAGUCCCAGGGUAUGCCUUCAUCUCUCGCUUUUUAAACUCAUACCUCAACAUCGAUUUAUCAGCAUAUGUUCAAACUAUUGUAAUGCUGGCCGUCAUCGGCGCUGCCAUUCGCUAUAGCAUGACCUACGUAUUCGACUUCAUAAGCGAAUACUUCAUCUCAAAAGCUGAAAUUCGCCUGGACGACGAAAUAUUCAGCUACCUCAUGUAUUGGUUUUCCAGACAACCACGUAUGAACACAACCCGCUUUGUCGCAGGCGUCAAAAUGAAUUCAUACAAUAAUGAGAGUGACGAUGAGGACAAUCAAGACGAAGAUGAGAGCGACGAGCCCGGAAAGGGCACCUCUAAGUCCUUUGACGAUUACUGGGCCAAAGUCGUCAGCCGGGACAAGUACAAGCCGCUGAGAUUCACCCCAUCGCAAGGCUCCCACUUCUUCUGGUACAAGGGCCACUUGCUCCGUGUGGAGCGGGUAGAACAGAACAACAAUGCCCGAAGUUGGCUGCUGACCAACGAGCGGCUGUAUCUCUCAUGUCUGGGCCGCGAUGCGACAAUUCUCCGAACGCUCCUAGCCGAAGCGCAGCAGGCUUAUGUGGAGCGCGACGGAAACCGCACUGUUAUCUACCGUGGGCAGAGAUACGGCGGCAGUAUCGACUGGGCCCGUUGUAUGGCUAGGGCUCCACGUCCUCUGUCCACUGUCGUUUUGGACAGUGCGCAGAAGAACGCUUUCAUCGACGACAUCAAGGAAUAUCUGCAUCCACGCACGCGUCGCUGGUACUCUAACCGUGGAAUCCCGUAUCGUCGUGGCUACCUUCUUCAUGGACCACCUGGAACUGGAAAGACGAGUCUUUGUUUUGCAGCUGCGGGCCUUUUGGGAUUGAAGCUCUAUCUGCUCAACCUUAACUCAAAGCAGCUGGAUGAGGAUGCCCUAUCCUCUUUGUUCUCGGAACUCCCCCGUCGCUGCAUCAUUUUGCUGGAGGAUAUUGACACGGCUGGAAUCACCCAUCAGCGUGGCAAGCCCGUUGAGAAGGAGAAGAAGGACAGUGAGGAGAGUUCUGAGAAUGGAGAAGACGUCGAUGCUGUAGUCGUCCAGGACACAGAUUCUCCUGCCACUGUCAUUGAGGAGGACAAACAAACCGGAAUCACAUUAUCAGGGCUAUUGAACGUGAUCGACGGUGUGGCAGCCAGCGAAGGCCGCAUCCUCGUCAUGACAACUAACCACCCGGAAAAGCUGGACCCAGCCCUUCUCCGUCCCGGUCGUGUCGACAUGAGCGUUGUAUUCGGAUACACCAGUCGGGCAGCAACCGAGGAGCUCUUCCGGUCUAUGUACAUGACGAUGGACGAUGAUUUCCCUCGUAAAUCGAAGAAACCCGCCCAAGUCAAGUCUGCAGAGAAAGAAAAGAAAGAGCAAGAAAUGAAAGCAGAGAGAAAGGAGCGCUUCGAGGCCCGGCAGUCUCAGGUUGCUUCUCUCGCCACUACGUUUGGCAAUGCUGUUCCCAGUGGUGAGUUUACCGCUGCUGAGAUUCAGGGCUACCUCCUCAACCACAAGGAGUCACCCGAGAAAGCUAUUGAGGGUGUCCCAGCCUGGGUGAAGGGUUUACGGGAGAAAAAGAAGGCACUCGAGGAGAAGCCCUAG